GUGGGACAGUGAUGGUAUAGAAUAUGUUGUAACAGAAACACUCACAUGGUACACUGGAGCUCUAUAUUAUUUGUUAAUUAGCAGAGUAUAGACACAGAUUGGAAGCUCUGACAUCUUUCUUUGCUGCAUGAAGAGUACUAGUAUUUAAGGGCUCUAUAUUGUUGUUGCCUCCUUCAUAGGCAUCAAUAAUGGAGAAGGAAGUGGAGUUUUGUUCAAGUGAAUUGGAAAUGGCUUCUCAACACAUUCCACAACCACAAAGGAAAAAGGGUGGUAUUGUUACCAUGCCUUUCAUCAUAGCAAAUGAAGCACUUGCAAGCGUGGCGAAAAUCGGUCUUCUGCCGAACAUGAUAUUGUAUUUGAUGGGGAGUUACAAGUUUCAUUUAGCCAAAGCAACUCAGGUGCUUCUCUUAUCCUCUGCAACAAGCAAUCUCACACCACUCAUAGGUGCUUUCAUUGCUGAUUCUUGCCUCGGUCGAUUCCUCUCUGUUGGGUUUGGUUCCUCCAUCUCUUUCCUGGGAAUGGCACUCUUGUGCCUAACAGCCAUCAUCCCACAGGCUCGGCCUCCUCCUUGCAACCCUGCAACUGAAAGAUGUAAACCAGCAACAGCUGGGCAAAUGACAAUGUUAAUCUCUUCCUUUGCUCUCAUGUCCAUUGGAAAUGGUGGCCUUUCAUGCUCCAUCGCAUUUGGCGCAGACCAGGUGAAUAAAAAAGAUAACCCAAACAACCAGAGGGCAUUGGAAACAUUUUUCAGCUGGUAUUAUGCUUCUACAGCUUUUUCUGUUAUAAUUGCCCUCACAGUCAUAGUAUAUAUACAAGAUCAUUUUGGAUGGAAAGUGGGUUUUGGAGUUCCAGCAGCACUUAUGUUCAUGUCCACUUUCUUCUUCUUUCUUGCUUCUCCACUUUAUGUAAAGAAUAAAGUACAAGGCAGCUUAAUCACUGGCUUAGCACAAGUAAUUGUCGUGGCCUAUAAGAACCGGAAGCUUCCUUUACCACCUAGGAACUCAGCUGCAAUGUACCAUCGUAGGAAGGACUCUGAUCUUGUUGUUCCUACUGAUAAACUAAGGUUUCUGAAUAAAGCUUGCAUCACUAAAGAUCCAGAAAAAGAUAUAGCCUCUGAUGGAUCAGCUUCAAAUCCGUGGAGUCUCUGCACAAUAGAUCGAGUGGAAGAGCUAAAAGCUAUUAUUAAAGUUAUUCCACUGUGGUCUACGGGGAUCAUGGUGUCAGUUAACAUUGGAGGCUCGUUUGGAUUACUGCAAGCUAAAUCCCUCAACAGACAUAUCACUUCACACUUUGAAAUCCCAGCGGGUUCUUUUGCCGUAGUCAUUGUGUUUAUAAUAUUUAUAUGGGUGGCUCUUUAUGAUCGUGUCAUUAUUCCUAUAGCAUCAAAGCUCAGAGGCAAACCAGUUAGGAUCAGUGCCAAGAGAAGAAUGGGAAUUGGGUUGGUUUUCUCUUUUCUCCACUUGGCAACUGCAGCUAUUGUGGAGAAUGAAAGGCGAAGGAGAGCAAUCAGGGAGGGACAUAUUAAUGACACACAUGCAGUGUUGAAUAUGUCUGCAAUGUGGCUUGUUCCUCAACUUUGCUUGUCAGGCAUGGCUGAAGCAUUCAAUGCUAUAGGCCAAAAUGAGUUUUAUUACACUGAGUUUCCAAGAACUAUGUCAAGUAUUGCCGCUUGCCUUUUUGGACUUGGAAUGGCUGCAGGAAAUGUGUUAUCUAGUUUAAUAUUCAGCAUUGUGGAAAAUGCUACUUCAAGAGGAGGAAACGAGGGAUGGGUUUUAGAUAAUAUUAACAAGGGUCGUUAUGACAGGUACUACUGGGUUCUUGCUUCACUGAGUGCUGUUAAUAUACUGUAUUAUCUAGUAUGCAGUUGGGCUUAUGGACCCACGGUUGAUAAACUAUUCAAGGUGUCUGACGAAAAUAGUUCAAAUGAGAAAGAAUUCACUCAAUUGGGCAAUAUGGGCCAGGUUGAUGUUAGUGAAGGAAUUGGCUCAAAUGAGAAAAGAGUUAACUAGAUUUGGCAAUGAAUGGGGGAUCCUGUUGAGAAGAUAUUCAAGAUUAGUGAAAACAAUGACUCAAAGGAGGAAAAGUUAACUGAACUACUGGUUCACAAUAAAAGGGAAAGAGCAAGGAUUUGUGCAGAAGACCCGAUGAUUGCCUAGUUGAGAUGUUGAACUUAGUAGGCACAUACACUACUUGGAUAGCCAUAUUUAUAUUUUCAUGUUUUGGUUAGUAGUAGAUGCAGAUAUCAACAGGCUAUUAAUGUGUGUCUGUAAACUGUAAACUGUGUUGGUAUGUCAAUAUGUAUAUUUGCUCCAUAGUAAAAUUGUUAUUCUAAAAUGUUGCAAACGAUACAAUUUGAUCUGA